CUCCCUCGCGCGAGCCGCCGGGAGCCGCCGCUGGAGCCGCCUCGCAGGAGCUGGGACCCGCCGCCGCCGCCGCGACCCGCCGCCGCCAUGGCCGAGAACGCCGCUGCCGCCGCCGCCGGCCUGGAGAACCACCGCAUCAAGAGCUUCAAGAACAAGGGCCGCGACGUAGAGACUAUGAGAAGACACAGAAAUGAAGUUACAAUUGAAUUGCGGAAGAACAAAAGAGAUGAACAUCUUUUGAAAAAAAGAAAUGUUCCUCAAGAAGAAAGUUUAGAAGAUUCCGAUGUUGAUGCUGAUUUCAAAGCACAAAACGUAACACUAGAAGCUAUACUGCAGAACGCCACAAGUGACAACCCAGUGAUCCAACUGAGUGCUGUCCAAGCUGCAAGAAAACUCCUAUCCAGUGACAGAAAUCCACCUAUUGAUGACUUAAUAAAAUCAGGAAUUUUACCAAUUCUGGUAAAAUGCCUAGAAAGGGAUGAUAAUCCUUCAUUACAAUUUGAAGCCGCGUGGGCAUUGACUAACAUAGCAUCAGGCACUUCUGCACAGACUCAAGCUGUUGUACAGUCUAAUGCAGUACCCCUCUUCUUGAGACUACUUCAUUCACCACACCAGAACGUUUGUGAGCAAGCUGUCUGGGCUCUCGGAAAUAUUAUAGGUGAUGGUCCUCAGUGUAGAGAUUAUGUCAUAUCACUGGGAGUUGUCAAACCUCUUCUGUCCUUCAUCAAUCCCUCCAUUCCCAUCACCUUCCUUCGGAACGUCACAUGGGUCAUUGUAAAUCUCUGCAGGAAUAAGGACCCCCCACCGCCUAUGGAGACAGUUCAGGAGAUUUUGCCAGCAUUGUGUGUUCUCAUUUACCAUACAGAUAUAAACAUUCUUGUGGACACUGUUUGGGCUUUGUCCUACUUAACAGACGGUGGAAAUGAACAGAUACAGAUGGUGAUUGAUUCAGGAGUUGUACCUUUUCUAGUUCCCCUUCUGAGUCAUCAGGAGGUUAAAGUUCAAACAGCAGCACUGAGAGCAGUAGGCAACAUAGUAACUGGUACUGAUGAACAGACACAAGUUGUUCUCAAUUGUGAUGUUUUGUCUUAUUUCCCAAAUCUCCUGACGCAUCCAAAAGAGAAGAUAAAUAAGGAAGCAGUUUGGUUCCUUUCCAAUAUCACAGCAGGAAACCAGCAACAAGUUCAGGCUGUAAUAGAUGCUGGGCUAAUCCCUAUGAUCAUACACCAGCUGGCUAAGGGGGACUUUGGAACACAAAAGGAAGCUGCUUGGGCAAUUAGCAAUUUGACAAUAAGUGGGAGAAAAGAUCAGGUUGAAUACCUUGUACAGCAAAAUGUAAUCCCACCGUUCUGCAAUCUACUCUCAGUAAAGGAUUCUCAAGUGGUACAGGUGGUGCUGGAUGGUCUGAAAAACAUCCUGAUAAUGGCUGGCGAUGAGGCUAGCACAAUAGCUGAAAUUAUAGAAGAGUGUGGAGGGCUAGAGAAAAUUGAAGCCUUGCAACAGCAUGAGAAUGAAGACAUUUAUAAACUAGCAUUUGAAAUCAUAGAUCAGUAUUUCUCUGGUGAUGAUAUUGAUGAAGAUCCCAGUCUCAUUCCUGAAGCCACUCAAGGAGGUACUUACAACUUUGACCCAACGGCCAACCUUCAAACAAAAGAAUUUAAUUUUUAAGUUCAAAAAAGUGCAGCUUCUCUGUCCCACACCAGUAUGAAGCACCACCAGAUGGCUACCAAGUGAAGAAACAAAAGGCUCCAAGACACACAUGCCUCUUCGUUUUGAUGCUUCUAAAGCAAGCCAUGUAUCGGUCACUUUGCAGUUGCCAAACGUCACUAUCACAUGGACUGUAAAUGCAUAUGCAUGAUCUCUUAAACUGUUUCGGAAUUCUUUUUAACAGUCCCAACUACCUUUUUUUGCCUUUUUCCUGGUGCCACAUGCUGACAACCGCAAUCUGCAGUUUUGUUAGGAAUAUUCCAUAGUGGUGGCACAUUGGCUUUCCACGGAAAAGUAGCUUCUUUGGAAAAUGGUGCGCUGUGGAUCAAGACACUUUGGUAUGAUGCGUACAUUUUGGAAGACUUUACAGGGGCCCAGUUUGCUCUGAGCCUCCAUCAUCGUCCUCCACAAACAUAUUUUCAUAUACUUUAUGUGGAAGAAUAGAUUCAAAAAUGCAAGCCAAAAUUUCAUUGGUGAAACUGAAAUAAAAGUAACUUUAAAAAAAAGCAAAACAACAACACUUGGCAAUUGAUUAAACACUUAAGUUUAAAACAAACAAAAAAAAA